AUGCACACCACCACUGCCACCAACCCCAGCACCCCGUCAGCAGCUCGCCGCCUAACUUGGUUGGCUCUACGGCGGCGUCUUCCACCUCGCCCGCACUGCGCAUCGUCGGAUCGUGGACUCAGCGUCGCUGCGGGGCGACUCGUCGCAGCUCUACCGCACGAUCUGCGUCUUCUUCGUGGUGGUGAUUGUGCUCUUGGGGUUCGAGCUCAUCGCCGUCGUUUACGCCUCCAGAUUUCACUUUCGGUAAACACUAUAAUUUCCAUUUUCCUUGUUCUUGAAUUUGGGUUUGGUGCUCUUGGGGUUCUAUGCAUAGCCGGUGUGAGAUUCUUGUGGAUUCUGAUAACUGGAAGAAACAGAAAAACUGCAGCAAUUGGUAGCCAUGCCAUGAGAAAAAUGAGGAAUUUAGAGUCAUCUUCGUACAAGGGACCUGCCCAGGCUCAAAAUCUCAGGGACUCGCUUGCUGAAGCAAAGUCCGACAUUGUGGUCAAGAUUAGACUCAAAAAAGGUUCUUGUUCCUUUGCUGAAGCUCGGGCAGCCGGGUUUACUGAGGAGAAUGGGACUCUUGGUGACAUAUGGGAAACUGUCUCGGGCAGUGAUCUUGUGAUGUUGUUAAUUUCUGAUUCCGCACAGUAUACACGUUAUUCUGCAUUGCGCGAUAAUAACAAUAAGGUUUUUCGAGUAUCAGUUUCUUGUAAUAAAAUUGCUGGGUGCUAUUUUGAUUAUGCAAUGCUUAGAGGAGAAUUGGGCAUGAGUUGCUAUGAAAGUUUGUAA